UUCCACACAAACUAGAUAACUACUACAGUAGUUGGACUUGGGCCAUAUUGACAUAUUCGGUGAAGCUCCAAAGAAGAAGAAGAAAAAGCUAAAACACAAAACGAGUUAGACACAGAAGUAAAUGAAGGAUUAAAGGCACCGCACACAGCUGUGCCAAAGUUUGGAAAAAUCUGAGAACUGUGACUGAGCCAUUAGCCAUAGCUGCGUAGUUAGUUAGUGUUUUCACAACCUUGUUUCACUACUCACAUGACAUUAAAACCAAACUUGUGAGUAACCCCAAUUUUUUUUUUUGUUUCUUUCUGGAGAAAGGUUAUAUUUUUGUGCUUUGAGAGCACCCUUUUGGAGUGUUGUCAUAAAAAAUAACAACUUUGUUCUUUGUUGUUGUGUUGGGUGUUGGAAUUUGGUUUUGGCGUUUUUUGAUAGCGUGGCUUGGUUUUGUUUGUUGCUGCCGUGUGGUGGUGAUCUGGGAAGUUUGUGAUGCCAGAAAAGGUAGAGAGCCAUAGGGCUCUUUGGUCUUCUUCUAUUAAUUGGCGUUUUGGGUUGCUCACUGCUCUUGUUUUGGGUGGCAUGGUUGUGGUUUGGAGCGUUGAUGGCUUCACUGUUAGGGAUGUUAUUGAAGCUUGGAGCUGGAGGUAUCGACAAGAUUCGUUUUCUCUAAGGUCUCAUUCUCCUAAUUCCCCUCUUUCCCUUCAUCAAAAUCUCACUUUUAGUAAUUAUAGCUCCCCAUCUAUUCCACUUAGUUUGAAUCAAAACCAAACCAAUGCUACUACCCUUUUUGAUUCCCACAAUCUUGUGAACAUCACAUUGUCUGAGCACAGUGAAACUGUUUCUGCUAAGAACUAUAGUAGUAGUGGUGUGUCUGAUAAGCUCGACACAAAAACCCCAGUGAAGCCUGAAGUUAAGGGGCAUUCAACUUGGCUUUCAAGGGAAUUAGAGCCAGACUUGACUUCAAAUCUUCUAGCAAGAUGGUUAGCUCCUGGGGGAGAACCUUGUAAAGAUUCUAAGACAGUGGGAAUAUCAAUUCCUGGGUUGGAUGGUGGGAAACUGAUAGAGCUAUCAGCUGGAGAUGUGCAUGAGUUUGGUUUUCAGGCAUUGGAUGAUUCAGGAAAGCCUCAUUGUUUAGGCGGGGAUUACUUUGAGACUGAUCUUUCAGGGGACGCAUGGAAAUCUAGGCCAUUGGUGAAAGAUUUCUGUAAUGGUUCUUACUCUAUUUCUCUGCAAGUUCAUCCUGAUUUUGUUGGGGUUUACAAUCUGACUAUAAUUCUGCUUUAUAGACACUUUGAAGGUCUGAAGUUCACUCCAUGGCGAUUUGUCUACGAUCGAGUGGUUUGGAAUGUUGCAAUCAGGUUCUACAAAAGCAGUGCUCAGUUACUUGAACUUGAGACUUGUAAAGCUUCUGAUUUUGGCAAGGAUGUGUGGUGUGGAAGGUGGACAAGGCAUGGCAGGAAUGAUGACUGCCAAAUAGGUAAUGAUGGUAGGUACAGAUGCUUGGCACCCAGUUUUCCUUGUAAAGCUCCAUGGUGUGAUGGUUCAUUAGGAGUUAUAGAGAGUAAUGGUUGGGUGUAUUCAACUCACUGCUCGUUCAAGAUGUAUUCAGCCGAGUCUGCUUGGAAGUGCUUGAAGAAUAGGUGGAUUUUCUUCUGGGGUGAUUCAAAUCAUGUUGACACAGUACGUAAUAUGCUCAAUUUUGUCUUAGAUUUGCCUGAAAUACGUUCUGUCCCUAGGAGAUUUGACAUGAACUUUUCCAACCCAAAAGACCCUUCCCAAACAGUUAGGAUCACAAGCAUUUUCAAUGGGCAUUGGAAUGAAACACAGAACUAUCUAGGAUUAGAUUCUCUGAGAGAUGAAGGAUUUCAAAAUCUGUUGAAGAAGUACUUCUCAGAAGACACAAUCCCGGAUACUGUGAUCAUGAACUCAGGAUUGCAUGAUGGUGUUCACUGGCUCAAUAUAAGAGCAUUUUCUGCUGGAGCAGACUAUGCAGCAUCAUUCUGGGGAGAUGUUAUGAUGUCAGUGAAGCAAAGGGGGUUAGGUUGGCCAAGAGUCUUUUAUCGUUCCACAGUUGCAACUGGGGGAUAUGCAAGAUCACUAGCAUUUAAUCCUUACAAAAUGGAGGUGUUCAAUGGAGUGCUCAUAGAGAAAUUGAAGAAAGCUGGCAUCAUCACUGGGGUGAUUGACGACUUUGAUAUGACAUUUCCAUGGCAUUUUGAUAACCGGUGUAACGAUGGAGUUCACUAUGGAAGGGCUCCUGCAAAGAUGAAGUGGCGAGAUGGCGAAAUUGGUCAUCAGUAUUUUGUGGAUCUCAUGUUAGCUCAUGUUCUGCUCAAUGCACUGUGUGCAAGAUAACCUUGGAGCUUCAGUUGGAAGAGAAGAAACAACUAGAACAGAAAAAACUUGCCUUCAAUGCGGAUAUGGUUGGAAAUGUAGGCAUUCCCUGUGGAAUAAUGCAUACCAUAGCAGGUGCUUGGAUAAAGAAAAUAUUAUUGAGGUAGCCUCCACUAUAAAAUUAGACUAAGCAUUCUUUUGUUCAUUGAUUUAUAAGCACCAAGUUGGUUGUGUAUUCAUGAGCUGCAUUUAUAGAUUAAAAGGGGAUUUAUAUCCCUCCAAACACAUUUGUCUAUGGAUAAUAAAGAUCAAAGUUUAUAUGAUA